UGAAAACAUGAGUGCCAAGAGUACGGAACAAUCGGGACAACCCGAGAAUAGCAUCCCGUCGUGGUCGUCGAGGUUGUACCGACAAGUUGGCUUCUCGGCGAAAAAGACGUGGCAGGAUAGAGGUGACAUCAUUCGUCACUCGAGAGAGCUCUUCACUGCUGCAGGCCCAGAUGGACUGCCAUAUGCUUCACUGCCGACCACUUCAAGCAUACGGCUUCUUGAAGUCAAGCCUGGGAACCCCAGCGAGAUGCUGCAAUGCUCUCUUCAAACAGUUGACUUAGCGGACAACCCCAAAUACAACGCACUCUCAUACACAUGGGAGCUGGACCCACCAAGCUUCCCCUACGAGCUGAGAUAUCUGUCUCAAAAAGCCCCAAACUUCUCAAAAGUCGUCACCAGUGGUGUUGAUACGGUUAAUCAUGCUAUCAAUCGUCUCAUGGUCCGGUCGCGUUCUGAGCCAGCAGAUCCUGAUGCAAAGUCUGCUGAGAACUCCACCGACCGGGACAAGAUUCUCUGCGACGGCAAAGGUGUCUACGUCAAGUCUAACCUAUAUCAAGCUCUUCUCCAGCUGAGAAAAGCGCGUCCGGGUUUCUACUGGAUUGACGCAAUUUGUAUCAACCAGUCUAACCUUGCUGAGCUGGGCCAACAAGUCCAAAUGAUGAAUCGGAUCUACAGCUCAGCCUCCCAAGUCACGAUUUGGCUGGGUACUUGUCCCCAUGUUUUCUCACCCGGUGUCGCCAACCUUAUCCAAAUGACCAAGACUGGACUUCCCGAGAUUACCGAGGCUGCUGAGUCCAAAGACUUUUACUACACCAGAGUCGGAACAACAUCGCUUUGGCAUUUAGUACUUUGCGUCUUUUUCAUCGUGACGCGUAAAUGGUUCAAGAGACUUUGGGUGCUGCAAGAAUUAUGCCUCGCCAAAGAAGCCAUCUUCCUUCUGGGAGAUUACAAGUUCGAGGCGGAUGAUAUCUCUGUUGCUUUUGGUUGGAUGAGAAGUAUUCUGAGCGCUUGGAACACCAGCGGGCUGCACAUGUUUGCGCAGAUAUUGACUUCAUUUGGAGACAUGCCUGACCAAGCUGUCUCAUUGCUUAAUUCACGUCGGACAAUCUCUGAAGGUGACAAGGUUGGACUUCAAGAAUGGUUCAGGCUGGUCAAGGACCGCGAGGCAAGAGAUCCGAGGGACAUGGUUUAUGGCGGACUUGCUUUAAUCAAACCAGAGACGCUGCUGAUGAAUCCGAGCUUGAAACGAGGCUCUGAGAAGCAUCCUCAGAUUACGCAACCCGGAGAUCCACUGAACAAACAAAAUUGGCCAUCACUACAAGCAGACUACGCCAUCGACCUCUCCGCAGUUCUUGAGAAGGUGGCGCUCAGUCUUCUCUCAGGCCCUGAGCCGAUGAACCUCCUCUCGCUCGCAACGCGAUAUCGCACUCCAUUCUUCUACGACAUGACGAGAGACACAUCUAUCCACUACUCAGCAAUGAAAUAUGAUAAGCUGUCAGAGCUUGAACUCGAUGUACCAUCAUGGUACGCUGCGCCAUGGCUUGAGAACUCGCGGGGGAUGAAGCCUCUCAUCUGGCAAAACAGCACACCGCUCGAAAACAUCUCAAUGAUGAUCAAUAGUCCAUCCAUAUCGGCUGAUGGCAAAUCGCUGUUUCUUGAGGCAGUACAAUUAGACGUCAUCGAGUCUUGUGUCUUGUAUAAUUUCUUUGGCGAUCUGGCGCACGAUAUGGAUUCUAUGAUCACGCUGAGCUCCAAGGAAAAUGAGCGAGCACAGGAAGCUGCGGCAUUGAAGGAGUCUUUCAACUACGCUCCACCAUUUCAUCUGCUAGAAGUGAUACUUAGCAUGACUGCAUAUCCGAAACCGACAAAAAAGUCGCCUCUUGAGGUCUUCUGUGACCUUCUCACUGCUGGAACGUGGAGAGGCCCGCCCAGCAGCAAGAUGGUCGGGUUCUGUCAAUGGCUUGACGACUGGGUAAACAAUUACGUUAAAGAACAUGACAAAGAAAAAGCAAAAAUCACAGAUGAGACUCUGAUCCUGAAAGAAUUCAUCAUCAAAAGAGAGCCCAUCAUAGCCAAGAUACAAGACGACUACGCCAAACUGCGCACGGCAUAUCCCAAUGAACCGUGGUCACCCGAAGACCGUAAGGCCAUCUCGGAAGAACGCAAGACCCAAGCCUCGCACUUCGCAAGAACCCUGCAAAUAGCACAGACGGUCCGAGCUCUGUUCAAGACCCAAAGCGGCAGACUCAUCCUUGCACCGGCAUGGGCUGAAAAGGGCGAUGUUGUGAUGGCGGUGAAAGGCGGCAAGGUUCCUUACGUCUUUACACCAAGAGAUGAGGACAUUAAGCGCAAGAUUGCGUUUAAAGAGAAGUAUAACGGUGAGGUUUCGAUGGAGGCGUUGAAGGUACGGCCGGGACAUAAGGAGGCGCAGAAAUGGGAUGCGACAAUUCUGCGAGGUGACAUUAGAGGGGAUGAGAGUUAUUUGCUCACUGGUGAAGUUUAUUUGCAUGACUCGGAUUUGGAAGAGAUUCUGGGGAGGGAGUUGGAGUUUGGCAGAUUACAAAUCAUAUAAUUGCGAUCAUGCAUAGAUGGAGAGUUUGGCUGUCAUUUUCUGACACGCACCUGGACCUUGACAAACUUCUGUCAUCAUCCGAGCUUGGAUAUGCAUGUUACCCAAGUUGAGAUUGAUAGAUGAGCUUCAAUCUGCACAGACUUGCUUGUGGCUUACCAACUCUCCGGAUCUCAGCGGAGCGGCAAAGAACGGCGGCUAUUCAGCGACCGUAAAUUGAAUGAAG